GGUGUUUUGUUUAUGUGUUUACAGCCAAUCCAGGUCCGCGUCCGUCGUAGCCGCUUGCAAGCGAAAAUGUUUGGUCCAGGGGAAAUCGGUUCUCCGGCCGGUGAAAAUCCGGAAAAGCAGUGUCGUUUGUGUUUGAAAUCCGCCCGGGAGUACUACAGCUUGACGAAACGGUUCGAGGACACUCCGCCGGUUCACGCCGUCAUCCGAACGCUGCUUUCUUAUAUUGAGGAUAACUAUGAUCUGCCACAGCAAGUUUGCACCACGUGCACCAAGGAAUUGCUGCACUUUACACGUGUAAAAGAGGGCUGGGUCGCCAAUCAGUUUGCACUGGCGCGACAAUACUCGAAAGCCCCCAAAUCGACAAGUCCUGUCGAGCCCCUCGUAGACAGUGCCACUUCCCAAUUACCGCCAGAAAUGCCUGAGGUAUGCGUUGAAAUCAACGAAGAUGUUGGCGAUUUCUCGAAUCAAAAUGAAUUUGAAGCAGAAUACUCAAAGCAAACGUCAGAUGGUGAAGCGCCAGAGGUCGCUUCCGUUGCUCAAACCCCUAGCACGAGCAAACAACCUCAGAACCAAGGCGAAAUAACGAGUGCCAUGCGUAGGUUUUCGAAAACCCGUCUCGAGUAUCGCUGCUUCGUGUGCACCACGGGCUACAACUCGAUGAAAUCGCUGCUCUUGCAUCUCAAUGACCACGCCGAAAUGAUUCCACACCGGUGUACGCAGUGCGUGGGCAAGAUGCAGAUCUUCCACUCGGUUUUCGCUCUAAACCGCCACCUGCGGUCACAUCACGGAUCCGAGGGUAGGAAGAAGGAGGUGAAAGCCAAACCGAAACCGACCAGCUGCAACGACUGCGGACUCGUGUUCAAGAGUGCCGAUGAGAAAAAGGCCCACGACAAGCGGAGCCACUUCCGGUGCGAGACGUGCGAUCAAGGAUUCACGACGCAGUCCUCGUUGAACGCGCACAUGAAAAUUCACACCGGAGUGCGUCCACAUGCGUGCGUUUACUGUGGGAAAACGUUCAGUCGGCUGUUCAACAUGAAGGAUCACAUGCGCCGGCAUCUGGACGAUCGCUCGCACGCGUGCCCGAUUUGUCCGAAAAUGUUUUUCAACAGCCGCCAGGUAAACAAUCAUAUCGAAAGUGCCCACGGCGGCGGGCCGACGAAGCGGUCGCUUCUGGUCGGCUCCUUAUCGGGGGCGCUUGCUCAGCUGGGCGACAUGGCCGUUGAGCAGCCGCCGAUGGUUGUGAUCAACGAAAAUGGGUUGGUCGACUUCGCACCGGACGGGGAUGACGAUGCGGACGACGAUUUUAUGCCGGACGGGGAUGAGAAUGUUGGUUUUAAACAGGAGCGCGAUGCAAGUGCGACCAAUAUGUAACAGAGUUUUUUUUUCUUGAGGAAUAAAUAAUAAUUAUUAAGCAUGCUAAAG